AUGGUCGAGGAGAUGUUCGAGCUGAUGUACGAGGCCCGGGGCAUCGGGCUAGCGGCCAACCAGGUCGACUUGCCGUACCGGCUAUUCAUCCUGAACCUGCACUCAGACCCGGAGAUGAAGGAAGAAGAACGCGUCUUCAUCAACCCGGUGAUUACCCAGCGGAAGGGAACCGCCCAACGCGAAGAGGGCUGCCUGAGCAUCCCCGAGGUGUUCGCCGAGGUGACCCGUCCGGAGAAGAUCAAGAUCAACGCCUUCGACCUCUCGGGCAACGAGCUGGCUUUGGAACUCGACGGGCUGUUCGCCCGUGCGUGCCAGCACGAAGUCGACCACUUGGACGGCGUGCUGUUCAUCGAUCGGCUCAGCGAGACCAGCGUGGCCGACAUCAAAGAGCCACUGGCCGACUUCGAGUUGGAGUUCAAAUCUCGCCGCGAGCUUGGUGAAAUUCCAGACGAUGCGGCGAUUGCUUCCCGGCUGGCCGAACUGGAACCGCAAACCAACGCCAUGCGGACCAUCGCCGCAGCCCACGACACGCCGAUCUACGACCCAGAGUCGAUCAACACCCCCGAAGCCCGCGAACACCUGGCCUCACUCGAACCCGACUUGUUUGUGGUGGCCGACUACGGACAGAUCCUUUCAGCCGAAACCCUGGGCACCGCUCGCCUGGGGGGAAUCAACCUGCACGGUUCACUGCUACCCAAGUACCGCGGAGCGGCACCCAUCAACUGGGCGAUUUACCACGGCGACGCGGAAACGGGCGUGACCGUUAUUCAUAUGACCCCGCGGAUCGACGCCGGGCCGGCCAUCGCCCAGCGGAGCACGCCAAUUGGCCCCGACGAAAACGCGGUGGAACUAGAAGCCCGACUCGCGGCAUUGGGAGCCCCGUUGGUCUGCGAAAUUGUCGACCGCUUCGCCCGCGGCGAGGUGGCCGAGGAAGUGCAGAACCCGGGGGAAGUGACGAAGGCCCCGCGACUGAAGAAGACCGAUGGCGAAGUCGACUGGAGCCGGACCGCCCAGCAGAUCAAAAACCAGGUGCGGGCGAUGGAGCCCUGGCCGCGAACCUACACAAACUGGGUUCGCGAGGAAGGCGAGCCACUGCGGUUGAUCUUGGACCAGGUCGAGUCCCGCGCGGCCGCGGGCGAACAUCAGCCUGGCGAGGUCGUCGCGGCCGGAGGUUCAGAACUGGUGGUGGCUACCGGCGAUGGAUACCUGGCGCUGCACGGCCUUCAACCGGCCGGUAAGCGGAUGCAGACAACCGAGGAAUUCCUGCGAGUUAUGGCCCUGGUACGCCUGAUGUUACGGCGACAGGACCAGCUGCUGACCGAACUGACGAUCCGGGUCGAAAACGAAAAACGAAGAGCCCAACAAGAGGCUCAGAAAAUGAACAUGCUCGACAGCGAGCUGGUCGUCGCGAGCCUGCGCCAUGAAGGUUACGAGCUGGUCAAUUCGCCCAAGCUGGCCGAUACGAUCCUCUACAACACGUGUAGCGUGCGGCAACAUGCCGAGGACAAGAUCUACAGUGCCCUGGGCCGGCUGAAGGAUCUCAAGCAGCGACACCCUGAGAAGAUCGUCGGUGUGCUGGGUUGCAUGGCCCAAAAAGAUCAGAAGCAAAUCAUCGAUCGGGCUCCCCAGGUCGACCUGGUGGUUGGGCCCGGGCAACUGCAUCAAAUCCCGCGGCUGCUGAAAGAGAUCGCCUCGGGAGAAGGCCGCAAGAUUGAAGUGAGCCUGAGCCGUUCGGCCGGUUCGCGCGAGAAGAUCGAGCAGAGCUUCGAGAGUUACGACCCGCUCCGCGACCCUCAGAUGCGGCCUUCGCCGUACCAGGCGUUCGUGCGAAUCAUGAUCGGCUGCGACAAGUUCUGCACCUACUGCAUCGUGCCUUCGGUGCGAGGUCCCGAGCAGAGUCGCGAGCCGCGUCUCAUCGAAGCCGAAGUGCGACAACUGGCCGACGAAGGCUGUCGCGAAGUGACGCUGCUGGGACAAACCGUCAACAGCUACCGGCACCGCGAAGACGGCCGCGAGGUGCGGCUGGCCGACUUGCUCUACCGUCUGCACGACAUCGACGGGCUCGAUCGCAUUAAGUUCGUCACGAACUACCCUCGGGAUAUGUCCGACGAGUUGCUGGAAGCCGUGCGCGACUUGCCGAAGUGCUCGCCGUACUUGCACGUGCCGGUGCAAAGCGGGUCGAACCGUAUGCUGAAGCUGAUGAAGCGUGGCUACACUGUGGAAGAGUACCGUGAGAUGUAUCAGCGGAUUUUGGCCACCGUGCCCGGUGCGGCGGUGACCAGCGAUUUCAUCGUCGGCUUCUGUGGCGAGACCGAGGAAGACUUCGAGCUGACCGUCGAUCUGGUGCGGGAGUGUCGAUUCAAGAACAGCUUCAUCUUCAAGUACAGCGCACGCCCCGGCACGAAGGGAGCCGAGCGUUUCGAGGACGACGUUCCUGAAGAAGUGAAGCGGCGACGCAACAACGAACUGCUGGCCGUGCAGAAUGCGAUCAGCGAAGAAGACAACCAACCAUUCGUCGGGCAAACGCACGAUUUGCUCGUUGAAGGCCCCAGCAAAGCCAGCCAACGCCAGGGCGAUCUCGGCCCGGUAAUGCAGUUGGUGGGUCGAACGAUGUGCGACCGAAUCGUAGUGUUCGACGGAACCGAGCGGCAGAUUGGCCAGAUCGUUCCGGUGCGAAUCGAUGAAGCCAACGCCCACACCAUGUUCGGCUCGAUGGUGACCCAGCAUGUGGGCCCUGAAGUAUAUACGCUGAACGUGCCCGACUGA